AGAGUGACUGGGUAGUACAGAGAGAGAAGAGAGGGGUUUUGAGCAAUAUAUAAGGAAGUCAACCACAACCCCGUUUUGCAAGUCAUCAUGAGGCGUCUUUAACAAUUAUCCACAUACACUGUUUGUUAGUAAAGAUUAAAAAUAUUUUUGACGAAAGUUAGCUUGAUACUGUAAUAUAAUUAGGCUGGGACUGUGCAAAGAGAGGACUUGAGCUAAAAGCUACAAACCCCAGCUGAUUCUGCAUGAUAUUGCACUAGCCAGUAGCUUAUCGGAAAUAUGCAGAAGAAACGAUGCUCAUUUCUUGAACAAACCUUACAUUUAAACAGUUAAACUACAUGUUUCCGAAAAAAGAAAUGUCCUUACUUAGUUUAAUCACAACAGCAGAUUGUCAUGAGGAGUUUUAGUCGGCAAAUGUAAUUCGACGCACUACUUCCUGAAACUUUUUCUCACCGGCCAAUCACACUCUGUGUUUAGACCGCACUGCAUUCUGGUCAGUGUAGUCCCCAACUAAGUAUGUACAACGACAUAAAAAGUCAGUUUAUCGAUUAACAAGUUAAAAAGAAGCGAUUAACAAACAACUCAAACGAUAUGGGAAGAAUUGUACACAACAUAAAUAGAUACUGAGGUCAAUAAAGAAAUUGUGUCAAUGUUACAGCUCGAUAUUGUAGUUUUGUGUAUUGGGGCGAUGCUUCCUCCCAGCCGGUAGAUGGAAAUAAUGCAUCCGUUUUGAAGUUUUGAAGAGACACUUAACGCGUAUCUUUGGGGCAUGCACACAAACAGCUCUUCUCGUGUUUUACGUUGUGACUACAUUUUACAGUGAACCUAUAAUCUUUACUGCAACAACAACAACUCGUCGGUGUGCACCUCGAGGCCCAACAGAAAGCUAUAAACCAUGUCGACAGUCUUCUCUUUUCAGACACAGCUCGUCUCCAUCAUGGACGCGUUAUCCAAAACAGCUGUAAUGGAAAUAAGCAAAUUGGUUGAGAUCGAGUCAAAAAUGCUGAAAAUUGAGAUAACUCGAGGGCGGAACCAAAUCUCAUCGCUCACAGAGAAACUGCAGCUGAUGGAGAAAUUGCUUUAUAUCGCACAGGGGAGCAGGCAAGAAGCAGCAGCAGUAUGCUCAGUGGUGAGGGACUGUUCAGAGGAGGGAAUAUUGGAGCCUGACAGGACAAGACAUGCCAUAAAAAGUGAAAGUCCAAUGGAAAGUUCCUCCAUUGAGAUUAACAAGUGGAAUCAUCUUCAAGGAGAGGAGCAUGCCAUAGCUGAACUCCCAAACCAACUAAAAGAUCAGCUGGAACUGAUAGUGGUAAAGGAAGAGCCAUCAGAGGUGGACAACAGAGACUGUAAACAAGAUAGGAUAAGUCAAAAUGGAAGGGAAGCGUUCACAAACCCCCAAAAGAGCCCAGAAGUGAUGCAGUGUCCCAAACCCGUCACAGAACAUCAGCAGCAUUUGUUUACUGACAGCUUUGUGACCAUGAGCGGCCAGUCGUCUCUCGCUGGACCAGGGACGAGGGAAACACAGUGGAAUCCACAGCUUACACCUGCACACACAAACCUAGUGGCUGAGAAAAGCCUGGCUCUGGGAAAUGUUGCUUCUCAAAGCUUAAGUGUGCUCAGGAAUAUGAAGCUUCACAACUUGAGAAACUCAGCCGCUAAGAGGUUUGGGUGCUUGCAGUGCGGCAAGAGCUUCAGAUGCUUUAGCCAGCUUGAAAUACACCAGAGAAGUCACACAGGAGAGAAACCGUUCAGGUGCACGCUGUGUGGAAAGAGAUAUGCACAAAAAGGGCAUCUGUACACACACCAGCGCACACACACUGGGGAGAAGCCCUACCGCUGUCCUAUUUGUGGAAAGGGCUUUAUUCAAAAAUGCACUCUCGAUAUGCAUCAGCGUACACACACUGGAGAAAAACCUUUUGUUUGUAUGAAAUGUGGCAAGGGCUUUACAAAGAACUGUAAUCUGAAAAAACACUUUGCAGUACAUCUAGACUCUAGUUUGAACAUGUAUGUUAAUGAAUCUAGUGUACCAACAUUUAGUGGGACAUUCAUAAAUGGAGCCACCUUAAACAGCCAGUCAAAUGUACAGUAACUUCUACUGCUGUUUGAUUGAAGUAAUUUGUGCAUAAUAAAGUUAUAUUCGCUUCAGAUUUGAGUGUGUAUCGCCUGCUUUUACCAUCAAAAUGUUCAAUGUAACUGCUGCUUACCUUUCAUACUGUAUAUCUAGGUUCCCCUUUGAAACUGUUACUGUUACAGUAGCUACAAACUUGAUAUUGUGCUACAGUAUAAAUAAUACACGCAUAUAUCACAGUAUAAAAGCACAACACUUUAUGUAAA